AUGGCCGAAUUCCCCCAGUUCUCCCUCAUGGCCCCUGAGCUGAAAGACUUGAUCUGGGGCAAUGCGGCCAAACUCCAAGACUACCCGUACAACAUCCUCGAGCAACGCAACGGCUCCGACAUUGAACGAACCCCCGGCCUGCGCAUCAUCGGCACCGUCCACUCGUCCUUUAGCCAGGUCAACGUGGCCGCCAACGUGGCGGUAAGUAACCACCUCCGGACCCUCAAGUACACGAGCCCCAUUGACCAUAUACAGCGCACCCUUCUCGUCGACUACGACACGUCCAUCCUCUACCUGGGCUUUCUCUUUGACGAGCCCUGGGUUGUCAACGACCCCAACAACCAGCUGAUCCUGCACGACCCGGAGCCGGCAUGGUACUCCAUCAGCAACAGCUGCCUGAAGAAAAUCAAGCACGUCAUCAUCGCCUGGCACAGCAUCUCCCUCAUGUACAGCAUCCACCGUCUGGCGCAGGACCUGCCCAACCUCGAGACCAUGGUGCUCGACAAGACGUAUUUCAACUCCGUCGACCCCUUUGGCGAGACGUGGGAGUGGGACGCCUACUGCGGCGUGGACGACCUCAAGAGGACGCCUGCGCGUCGGGCUCGGUAUCUACGCGCCGUGUUUGACCAGACGCCUGCUGACGAUGUGAAUCGCGACAAUCCAGAGGAGGUGGCGGUGGAGAAUGAUGUGGCCAGGGAGUGGGAGAAUCCGCCCACCCUCCGCAUCAUCACCAUGGGUCCUCGAUUUUGGUGGCAUUAG